AUGGCCUUGCCAGCUCCUCGCCCUUGGCGCGCUUGCCCGCCACUCAUCCGCUCCAACCAUCCAGAAAAACCUCAUCAUUUCCCUGCCUCCACCACCAUCUCCCAUCCCAAAUCCAACUCCUCGCCGUCAUCCCAAACCACUCCCCUCACCAUCCGAACCAACCUCUUCUUCUCCUCCGUCGCCAAAUCCCACCCUUUAGACCGCACUCUCCAACUCUUCCACCUCCUCCCCGCCCGCGACACCGUCACUUGGAACACCGCCAUCUCCGCAACCCUCCGCCAUGGCCGUCCCGAUGCCACCCUCCGCCUUUUCCUCGACAUGCUCCUCUCUUCCUCCUCCGCCCCCUGCGCCAUCACAAUCCGAUUGGUCCUUAAAGCCAUCUCCGAAUCCAAUAACUCCGAACUGCUGCCACAGAUGCACGCUUUUGUGUUUAAGCUCCAAGACCUUCUUUCUUCUUCUGAAUUAACCGUAUCGAACACUUGUUUGCUCAAUCUGUAUCACAAAUUUGGAUUCACUGAACUUGCCCAUAAGUUGUUCUGUGGAAUUCCUCACAGAGAUGUUGUGGCCUUUACUUGUAUGCUAAUGGGCUACGCUGAGGCCGGACGGUAUGCAGAGGCUCUGAGAAUUUUCGAGGAAAUGAUUGAGAAUGACCAGUUAGUGAUGAAUGAGCAUGCCUAUUCUUGUGCUUUGCAUGCCUGUGCCGGCAUCCCCUUCCUAUUCGAUGGUCGACAGAUCCAUGCCCAAGUAAUCAAAUCAACAAUGGCAUCUAAUCCGUUUGUGGGUACUAGUUUGGUUGACAUGUAUGCAAAAUCUGGUGAUAUGGAGAGCACAAAGAAAGCAUUUUUGGAGAUUUCUGAGCCCAGUGUGGUGUCAUGGAAUGCUUUGAUUGCUGGGAAUUUGAGUGGAGAAGAAGUUCGGCAGUUAUUUGGUCGGAUGAGGUUGUCGGGCAUAAGCCCAGACCAUGUCACAUUUGCAUGUGUUCUUCGAGCUUGUAAAGAUAUUCUUAGCAUUCACACCGUUCAGCAGCUGCACGGUCUAAUUGUGAAGAUGAUGGAGGUAGAAUUAGAUGUUUUUGUAAGCGAAGGUCUUUUUGAAGUGUACAUGGAUCUUGGUUGCCUUAAUGAAGCUCAAAAAGUUUUUAGUGGGAUGGAGGAGAAGGAUGAUGUGGCUUUUAACUUGGUGAUUCAAGGGUACCUUAGGAAUGGGCAUGGAGAUGAGGCUGUGGGUUUGUUUCUUGAGGCAUUGGGAAUGCAAAUAGAGUUGAGUGAGGUGACCAUGACUUCAUUUUUUAUGACAAAAGGACUGGGUCAGGGGAAGCAGUUUCAUGCUUUAGUGAUUAAGUUUGGAUAUUAUGGUGGUCAUGGUAGUUUAUCCAUGAUUGGCUCUUUGAUCAGAAUGUACUCUGAACACCACUGUUUGGAUGAUGCACUUCGUCUUUUUGAGCAGAUUCAUCACCCGGACCUGGUUUUGUGGACUUCACUGAUCUCAGGUUUUUCUCGGAGUGGCAAGAGUCAAGAGGCUAUAAACCUGUAUGUGAGAAUGGUUGCUGAGGGAUCAGUGGGACCUCCAAACCACUACACAUAUGCAACAAUUCUAAGCUCCUGUGCACAGCUCGCAGCACUAGGAGAAGGAAGACAGAUCCAUGCCCAGAUCAUCAAAUCAGAUUUCAAUUUUGAACAUGACACUUUUGUUGCAAGUGGUUUAUCAUACAUGUAUGCUAAGUGUGGCUACUUGGAAGAAGCAAGUAGGCUGUUUAAUGAGAUGCCAGAGCGAGAUUUGGCCUCUUGGAAUGCCAUGAUUAGCAGCCUAGCUCAGCAUGGUUUUGCUGAACAAGCCAUUGAAACAUUCCAGGAAUUGUUAAAACAGAAAGACAUAAAGCCCAACCAUAUAACCUUUGUAGGGGUUCUCUCCGCAUGUAGUCAUUGUGGAAUGGUGGGCAAGGGAUAUCAAUUUUUCAAAUCCAUUCAAGAACCAACUGUAGAUCAUUAUGCUUGUGUGGUUGAUAUGUUUGGCAGGGCAGGAAGGCUGAAAGAAGCAAUGGAUGUUGUAGAGGAGAUGCCUUUCAAAGCCAAUGAGCACAUUUGGUCAUCAAUACUCUCAGCUAGCAGAAUUCAUGGGAACAUUGAGUUGGGUGAGUACUCAGCCAGAAGGUUGCUGGAGAUGAAUCCAAAAGAUCCCGGAACAUACAUUGCUCUUUCAAAUAUCUAUGCUGCUGCUGGGAGAAGGGAUGACAUGAAACGAGUAAGGAAACUGAUGGAAUCUCAGACAGAUGGGAAACACCCAGGCCUUAGCUGGUUAAGGGUAAAUGGGCAAAAGUAUGUUUUCUUUGCAAAUGGCAGAAGGUAG